AGCAUUAAGCUGUCUUUUUGAACGGACAACUAGCAUUAACUCCUUUGGCCUCCCACAAUUAAAUCAAUUAGAUACAAUUGCUUGCGAUUCUGCGAAGCAAUUUCACAGCUAAUCUCAUGACCUUAUAUCCAUGAGAUCCUUUUAUUUGGUCCUAUAUUUUAUUUAAUACUUAUUGCUGGUUCUCUCUACAUUCAUAACCCUUAUAAGGGACGCCGUGCCAAGGGACCAAAUAUGGCCGGUGACGGUACAAGUCGACUAUCCUCAAGAUGGCCGGUUUUGUUGUGCCUUCUCACGGUCCUUUGCUCUCUUUUUACACCCGGAGUGGCGGUUAAGGAAAACGAUUUCAAGAAAUGCCACCAGUCGGGCUUCUGCAAGAGAAAUAGGGACUACGCUGACAAUGCAGCUUCCCUGGGUUCCUCAUGGCAAGCACCAUAUAAGAUCUCUCCCGAGCUGGCCUCGUUCAAAGAUGGCCAAUUCCAAGCUACAAUCCUGAAGACCAUCGACGAGCAAGGAAACACUGUUCGGCUCCCCCUCACCGUAUCUUUCCUGAAGUCGGGUACGGCACGUGUGUCUGUUGACGAGCAGAAGAGGCAAGAGAAAGACAUUGAGCUCAGGCACAAUAGCAAAGCCAGAAAAGAAAGAUACAAUGAAGCUGGAAAAUGGGCUAUCGUCGGUGGCUUGGACGUUGACACGGAUGCUAAAGUUUCCCACGAGAGCAAGACUGGAAUCAAGAUCCAGUACGGCCCUAACUCUGCAUUUGAGGCUGACAUAACCUAUGAGCCGUAUUCGAUCAAUUUUAAACGGGAUGGUGUUACUCAAAUCAAGUUCAACGACCGAGGAUUGAUGAACUUGGAGCAUUGGCGACCGAAGAUCGAAAAGCCAACACCCGAGAAGAAAGAAGGAGAAGAAUCACAAGAAGAAAAGAAGGAAGAAACCCCUGAAGUAGCUCCUUCAGAAGACGAGAGCACUUGGUGGGACGAGGCCUUUGGUGGGAACACUGACUCCAAGCCCCGCGGCCCUGAGAGUGUUGCACUUGAUAUCACCUUUUUUGGUUACGAGCAUGUCUAUGGAAUUCCAGAACACGCCGGUCCCUUGUCGUUGAAAGAGACGCGUGGCGGCGAAGGCAACUAUGCGGAGCCCUACAGGCUAUACAAUGCUGAUGUCUUCGAGUACAUCUUGGACAGCCCGAUGACCUUGUAUGGUGCAAUCCCUUUCAUGCAAGCUCAGCGAAAGGACUCCACAGUUGGCAUUUUCUGGCUCAAUGCCGCCGAAACCUGGAUUGACAUCACUAAAGCAAAGGAAUCCACGAAUCCCCUGGCUCUUGGAAUUGGUGCCAAAACAAGUACUCAAACUCAUUGGAUCUCAGAAUCCGGCUUGAUGGACGUCUUCGUUUUCCUUGGACCAACUCCUCGCGACAUAACUAAGAGCUAUGCCGAGCUUACUGGUACUACCGCAUUGCCUCAGGAAUUCUCCCUCGGGUAUCACCAAUGCCGGUGGAACUAUGUCUCGGACGACGACGUCAAGGAAGUCGACCGUAAGAUGGAUCGGUACAACAUUCCAUAUGAUGUCAUUUGGCUGGACAUCGAGUAUACCGAUGACAAGAAGUACUUCACUUGGGAUAAAGAUAUGUUCAAGGAUCCGAUUUCCAUGGGUAAGCACUUGGAUGCUCAUGGAAGAAAACUGGUCACCAUUAUUGAUCCGCACAUCAAGAAUGUGGGCGGCUAUCAUGUGUCUGAUGAACUCAAGUCGAAGAGCCUAGCCGUCAAGAAUAAGGAUGGCAAUGACUUUGACGGCUGGUGUUGGCCAGGAUCUUCUCACUGGAUCGAUGCGUUCAAUCCUGCAGCCAUCAAAUGGUGGUCAUCCCUUUUCAAUUAUGAUGCGUUCAAGGGUACCAUGGAGAAUACAUUUGUCUGGAAUGAUAUGAAUGAACCAUCCGUGUUUAAUGGACCCGAAGUUACCAUGCCGAAAGACAACCUUCAUCAUGGUGACUGGGAACAUCGUGAUGUUCAUAACCUUAAUGGAAUGACUUUCCACAAUGCAACAUACGAAGCUCUCCUUUCCCGAAAGAAGGGUGAGCUACGACGUCCAUUCAUACUUACCAGAUCAUUCUAUGCUGGUUCUCAGCGUCUUGGAGCUAUGUGGACCGGUGACAACCAGGCCAGCUGGGAACACCUUGGAGCCUCUAUCCCUAUGAUCCUUGCUCAAGGAAUCUCUGGAUUCCCCUUCUCUGGCGCUGAUGUCGGCGGUUUCUUCGGCAAUCCAGAAUUAGAGCUACAAAGUCGUUGGUACCAAGCUGGUGCUUUUUACCCAUUCUUCCGAGGACACGCUCAUAUUGACGCUCGGCGCCGGGAGCCAUUCCUACUCGCGGAGCCGCACCGGUCUAUCAUUACCUCCGCCCUUCGCCUUCGUUAUAGUCUACUUCCAGCUUGGUACACUGCAUUUUACCAUGCCAACCGUGACGGAAGCCCCAUCAUACGCCCUCUAUAUUGGACGCAUCCGAGUGAGGAAGGCGGCUUCGGGAUCGACGACCAGUUCUUUGUUGGAUCGACAGGCCUCCUGGUUAAGCCAAUCGUGGAGAAGGACAAGACUUCUACUGAUAUUUAUAUCCCGGAUAGUGAGGUCUACUAUGACUAUUUCACUUACAAGAAGUUGCCUACGACCAAGGGCAAGCACUUAACCGUGGAUGCACCCCUUGAGGCUAUCCCUGUCUUGAUACAGGGUGGACACAUCCUCCCCCGCCGUGACAUCCCGCGACGUUCCUCCCAGCUGAUGAAGUUCGACGAUUAUACCCUCGUCGUAGCUGUUAGCAAGAAAGGUGAAGCAGAAGGAGAAUUGUAUGUUGAUGAUGGUGACUCUUUCGAUUACGAAAAGGGGCAAUACAUCCACCGCAAGUUCAAGCUCGAAGGCUCGACGCUUGCUUCUACCGAUGCAGAAGGUCGUGAUGCCAAGAGCAUUAAGGAAGGAGACUGGCUAAAACGGAUGCGCAACGUUGCCGUCGACAAGAUCAUCGUCAUUGGGGCACCUUCGUCUUGGGCUAGCAAGAAGGAAGUGAUUGUUGAAUCCGAGGGUAAGAAAGUCUCAGUCCCGCUUAUUUACCAUAAGGCGGACGGUGAUAGGGGCACAUUUGCGGUUAUAGGACGUGUUGGUGCCAGGAUCGGCGCCGAUUGGACCAUUGCUUUUGCUUAGAGGAUUAGAUAUGAAUGUAGGUAUUAUCUAUAGAGACGAAUAUAAUGACCAAAAACCGUUACGGGUGUUCCAAGGAUUUGUAUGGAUACUUCUGAUAAGUGAUGCUGAAAUUUUACA